GCGACCGGGCUCUUUCGUCCCUGAGGCGAAGGCGGCGGGCCUGCCUUCCGAGGCGAGCGGGGCAGGUAGGCGGCGGAGGGAGCGCUAGAAAGCGGGGGCCUGGAUGCGGGCCGCGGCGUCUUCCGGCUGAGCCAUGGAGAUCAGCCACUCGGUGAAGGAGCGCACCAUCGCGGAGAACAGCCUGGUGCUGCUCCUGCAGGGCCUGCACAGCCGCGUCACCACCGUGGAGCUGCGCGACGAGAGCGUGGCCGUGGGCCGCGUCGUCAACGUGGACGCCUUCAUGAACGUCCGCCUGGGCGAGGCCACCUUCACCGACCGCCACGGCCGCGCCCGCCGCCUGCAGGACCUCUUCAUCACCGGCAGGAACGUCCGCUACGUCCACAUCCCCGACGAGGUGGACAUCCGGGCCACGAUCGAGCAGCAGCUGCAGCUCAUCCACCGCGUCCGCACCUUCGGCGGCCGAGGCAAGGGCAGGACCGAGUUCCUUCGGCCGACGCCGGCGGGCAAGUGAGCGGUCCGGGGGCCACGCGGCAAGACCCGUCGCUCGCUUGGGAAGGCCGAGGCUGCUUCCCCCGCUCGGCCCGACCGAGCAGCUCCCACUCCGGUUCAAAGGGGAAUCCUUCCUUUGGCAGGAUAUAUAGACCCCUGUCUACCAACAAGAACCGUAUUCUCAGCGGCUUUUCUAUUCACAUUCUGUCUCCACCCUGAACUGCUUUUCCCCGCUCAAGAAUAAACUUUUAAGCCUUAAAAUUCAGACUGCAGGGUGGACCUCUUUGAAUCCCCCGUUGAAGCUCUGUAUGGUGGAUGCUUUUGUUUUACAGUAAUUUCUAGUCAGUCAGAAAUGAAAACUGAUUUUGCACCUAAUGGGUUGGAUUUUCUGGAGGUUUUUUUGUGUUAAUUUGUUCCGCUUACAAAAUAAGUAAAGGAUGGUAAGCAAAA